AUGGAAAAAUGCAGUAGCGUGGAAGGAGCAUGUUUAGGAGCCUUGCCAGGCGUGGGGGGGAGUGGUGAGAUGAGAGCAGAGCGGCCUUACUUUGACGACGUGUCGCCUAGAAAUGUGUCAUCUGUCGUCGGUCAGUCAGCAGUUCUAAGAUGCAGAGCAAAACACAUAGGAAAUAGAACAGUGUCGUGGAUGCGAAAGCGGGACCUGCACAUACUGACGUCGCACAUCUUCACCUACACGGGCGAUGCGCGGUUCAGCGUGCUGCACCCGGAGCCGUCGGACGACUGGGACCUGAAGAUAGACUACGUGCAGCCCCGGGACGCGGGUGUGUACGAGUGCCAGAUCAACACGGAGCCCAAGAUCAACAUGGCCGUCAUGCUCAGUGUUGAAGAUGAGUCCCUCACCCCGGCGCCUCAGCCACCGGUCCGAUCCUCAGCGGCAGCUGCAUCCAUAUGGGGCUCCCAGGAUGUGUACGUGAAGAAAGGCAGUACGAUAUCUCUGACGUGUUCAGUGAAUGUGCACUCGUCACCGCCUUCGAGUGCUUCUGUUUUAUGGUACCAUGGAAGUGCAGUAGUAGACUUCGACUCCCCGCGCGGCGGCAUCAGCCUCGAGACUGAGAAGACGGAAGGUGGUACCACUAGCAAGCUGCUUGUCACUAAAGCCGCACUAACUGACUCCGGCAACUACACGUGCGUUCCCAAUAACGCACACCCAGCGUCUGUCUCCGUUCAUGUUUUAAACGGUGAACACCCGGCGGCGAUGCAGACCAGCAACCGCGCGUCCUCCUACCUCACCUCUCAGCUGAGCUGCGCCGCACUCACUUACCUCCUAUCGUGCAUGGCCUGCAGAUGA